AUGGAUCUGUGUGUGAAGAACCUUUUCCCCGCAAACAGAGCCAUUUCCGAUACAAGGUGUCGUAAUUCAUUUUACGAGAUUACAGUUUCCAGUAAACAACACUCUCGCCCUUUUCUUCUCAGUGCUUCCGCCAACAACAAGAAUCACGGCAACUCUUCUUCAUCUUCUGCAGGCAAUAAUGAUGGUGAUAAAUCUAAUAACAAGCGUCAUCAGAUUAAUUUGGAUUGGCGUGACUUUAGAGCUAAACUAUAUAGAGAUGAGCUGAAAGAAAUACAAGGUGAUUCUAAUCCUCUUGGAACAAAGUGGGCUCAUCCUAUUCCUGGACCUGAGACUGGCUGUGUACUCGUGGCUACCGAAAAGCUUGAUGGUGUUCGCACAUUUGAAAGAACUGUUGUUCUCCUUCUCAGAUCUGGAACUAGACACUCACAAGAAGGCCCUUUUGGAAUUGUCAUCAACCGUCCUCUUCACAAAAAGAUUAAAAACAUAAGACCUACAAAUCAGGAUUCAACAACCUCCUUUUCUGACUGUUCUUUGCAUUUUGGUGGACCUCUUGAGGCAAGCAUGUUUUUGCUAAAAUCACCGGACAAGUUGAACCUUCCAGGAUUUCAAGAGGUUGUCCCUGGACUAUAUUUUGGAGCUCGAAACACUUUGGAUCAUGCAUCAACGCUUGUCAAGAAAGGGAUUAUCAAGCCUUAUGAUUUCACUUUCUUUAUUGGUUAUGCUGGAUGGCAAAUAGAUCAGUUGAGAGAUGAGAUUGAGUCUGAGUAUUGGUAUGUUGCUGCAUGUAGCUCAACUUUGCUCUAUCAGGCUAUCACUGAUUCUUCUCAAGGUAUGUGGGAGGAGAUUUUGCAACUAAUGGGUGGUCAUUACGCCGAAUUGAGCCAGAAGCCAAAGCAAGACCCAUAG